GGAACUUAUUCCUGAUACCCAUAAUUCUCUGGUUUACGGUUAUAACAACUGAUCUAAACUGAAUUUGUAGAUAAAUUGUCGGACGAAUCAUGGCGGAAGUUACUACAAAUAAUGUCUGGUUCCUCGCAGUUGCUGUUAUUUUUCUUCCUCUUACAGCGACUUCAGUAACAUGGACAGCACCUCCUCCUCAGUGGACUCAGACGAAUCCAAAUGUCAUUAGAACGGUCAACAUGUCAGUGUUGAAAGGGAGUACUCAGGUGGCUUUGAGGUGGAGUUACACUCUGUCAUCUGGCUCCCUGGUAUCAACUACAUUUUCUAUAAGAUUGAAUGAUGGCAGCUUCGAUGAUAUUGGAACGAUAUCUGGUGGUAAUCCUAUAGCAUUUGACAAAAAUGAUUACCGAACACGUUUUGAUAUCAGUAGAAGUGAACAGGCCACCUUGAUAAUAAACAGAGUCACUCAAACAGAAGAAACUACCUUCCAGUGCAAGCUUACAACGGACUCAAACGUAUGGAGUUACAGAAUACGAGUCAUUGUAGCAGGUGAGCAUUGUAAUGUAUAUUUAAACAAUAACCUCCAUUUGGCGCGAUAAUAUGCUAGGAUAUUUGUC